UUGUUGGCUAGCUGUCUCUUGGACUCUUUCUUAUAUCAAAGUUCGGAAGAAAUUUUGAGAGACAAAAGGCUCACAGAGAUGAGCCGAUCAAGCGAAGCAGCCUCCAUGAAGCCUAGGUGUACUCAUGUCCUUGGAGAUGUUGAAAUCAAAGUGCUCAGUGUUGUCAAAGGUAAAAAGAAUAUUGGAAUCUGCGCGGCAGAUGUGAAAAAAGAGAUAAACCUCCCACCACCUAUUGUGAAAAAAGCCCUGGAAUUACUGGAAAUAAAGAAGAAGAUAAAACUUGUUGUGAAUAACCAAAAUAAGAGAAAGAAGCAUUACAUGGCUGUUGAGUUUAAACCUUCGGAAGAAGCAUGGUGGGCUAAUAAAGAAUACGUCGCUGCUCUCGUACAAAUAUGCUUGAAGGUUUUAGAUAAGCUGAAAGUUGCUACUAUGAAGGGAAUCUCCACAUUUAUAAAGGAACACAAACUUAUAGAGAAACACGAACUUGCUGAUUGCACAGAUGAACGAGUUGCGCAAACAUUGGAGUAUAUGGUCUUGAACCAUGUUAUUAAAGAGGUGGAGAGCACUGGAUUGGCAGAAUAUCAUUCUAUUCCGGUUGGAUCUGUUUGUUAUCUAAUUGCAAGAGGUCCCAAAACAAUAGGGAAUAUGGCUUCAAUUCCAUGUAGUGCUUGCCCUAGGAUUAGUAAAUGUACACCAAAUGGAAUCAUAUCCCCCAAAACCUGUGUCUUCUACACUAGAUGGCUGAAACUUGAAUUUUGAUUGACUUCUGAUUAGUAAAAUUAAAAGUACGCUGCAUUCUGCACAUGUAGAUUGUUGUUUGAGUUUCUUGUUUGUCCUUUGGUUUAUAUGAUGCAAUACGA